AUGGGGGAGAAGGCAGGCAAGAGUCCCAGUGGUGGCCAGAAGGAGCCAGGCUGCCAGGAGUUGGGUGCAGAGCACAAGAAGAAGAAGGAGGGGAAGAAGGAGGAGAAUGGAGUCAAAAGAGUGCUUUUCAGGCAGUAUGAUAUCUGUAAAGCAGAGAAAAGCUGUUCCCAGUUUUCUGACUUUUACUCCAGUCUUAGGCCAGAAGACUUCCUUUUUGUGGGUGAUGCUUCUGGCAUGGAAGAGGAUAUAGACUCAGCUGUCUUAUAUGGAACUUCGCGAGGAAGUGUUGUUGGAUUAUGAUUCUACACAGUGACUGUUAAUAACCAUGAUAUGGUUGCUCUUCAAAUGGAGCCUAGUAAUCCUUAUCAUAAAAAUGCAGUGAAAGUAAAUAAUGUGAAUGGAUACCAAGAAGGCUAUAUAAAAAAGGAAUUAGCUGCAGCUUUGGCAGGCAUCAUGGACAAUAAAUUAGCAUUAGUUGAAGGGGUUGUACCUUAUGGAGCAAAAAAUGCCUUUACCAUACCUGUACAAAUGAGCUUUUGGGGGAGAGAAGAAAACAAGGAAGCAGUGAUAGAUCAGUUGAAAAGGCAUGGAUUUAAAUUGGCUCCUCUACUGACAAGUGAUUCAGAAUGUGGCUUUGGAUCAAAGUGGAUUUCUGGGACAGCAGCUCCAAGUUAUAGCACUCCGGUUCCUGCUGCUGUGCAGUUGACAACUGUUAGAGUGAAAAGAUACAGGUCUCCCAUUCUGCCAUCAUCUACUUGUUCAAGAAGACUGACAAAACCAAAAGGUACCACUAGCAUUCAGUCAGUUGAGAAUAAACAUUCUGGCAAUGGCUUUGGACCAACGCUGAUUGUAUGUCUGCUGCCUGUCCUAAGUAACUGGAUUGACCAGUUUGAACAUCACAUCCACCAAGAUUUUCAUGUAAAUAUUUAUGUUUAUUAUGGUUCUGACCAUAGCAAAGACCCAACAUUUCUUCCAGAACAAGGCAUCGUGCUGACAACAUACAAUAUUUUAGCUACUGAUUAUGGAGAAAAAAAGGAUGGCAAGAGUUUACAGUCUCUGAUUAGGAAUAUUACCCUUAGAAGAACUAAAACAAAUAAAGCAAAAGGAAAGCCCAUUUUGGAGUUACCGGACAUAUUUAUUCAGCAUUUUACGCUUACAGAGGAAGAGAGAUUAAUCUAUCAGUCUGUGAAGAAAUAGGGCAAAGAUGCUGUUAGCAGAUUUUUCUGUGAAGAGACUGUACUAGCUGACAUCCUUGAUGUCCUGCUCAGAUUGAGACAGCUUUGUUGUCAUCCUCAUCUUUGUAUAAAUACAUCUUCCUCUAGUUUUUCAGAUAAUAAAAUUCCUGAAGAACUGCAUGAGAGAUUAGUGAGUAAAAUGAAUUUGAUUCUGAGCUCUGGUUCAGACGAAGAAUGUGCAGUUUGCUUGGAAUCACUGACUCUUCCUGUGAUAACAUGCUGUGCACAUGUGUUUUGUAAGCUGUGUAUUUUUGAGGUCAUCAGAAGUGAACAGCCAAAUGCCAAAUGCCCUCUGUGUAGGAACAAGGUUCGAGUAGAGCACUUGGUGGAAUGUUCCCUGGAAGAGGAAAUAGAGUCCAGUAGCGGAAAGAAGUGUGAUUGGCAGUGGAAAUCCAGUUCAAAGAUAAAUGCUCUCAUGCAUGCGUUGAUUGAACUACAGAGGGAAAAUCUAGGUGUGAAAUGUCUGGUUGUUUCUCAGUUUACAACUUUCCUGUCACUGAUAGAAAAUCCCUUGAAAGAAUCAGGAUUUGCCUUUACUCAUUUGGAUGGGUCAAUGGCACAGAAGAAAAGAGUAGAAGCAAUUCAGUAUUUCCAAAGCAGCCAAGCAGGAUCCCCAACUAUAAUGCUUUUGUCUCUGAAAGCAGGUGGAGUUGGAUUGAAUCUGACUGCAGCUUCUCAAGUGUUUUUAAUGGAUCCUGCUUGGAACCUGGCGGCAGAGGACCAGUGUUUUGACAGGUGCCACAGGCUGGGGCAGAAGCACGAUGUCAUUAUUACUAAGUUCAUUGUGAAGGAUUCCGUGGAAGAAAACAUGCUGAAAAUUCAGAACAAGAAGAGGGAACUUGCAGCAGGAGCCUUUACUACCAAGAAGCCUUCAUCAAGUGAAGUAAACCAAACCAAAAUUAAUGAAACUAAGGCUGUAAUUGAUUUAUAGCUUGAAACUAUGAUGUUUUGGGUAAAUAAUAUAUUUAAUAUAUGUUACUAUUGCUCUUCAAGUUACAUGUCUCAUGCUAACUUUUAGUUUUGCUGUCUUUGUGGUCAAAACACGCAUGCUUCAGGUACAUUAUAAAAACUGAUUUGCUCCUAAGUGUUAAUUUAGAAACAUACAAACUUGUUUUGCACGCCUGAAAUCUUUCCAGUGUUCAUUUCUUCAAAAUAUUGCUUACUUUGUACAACACUUAAGAAUACAUAAAAAUCCCUCAAAACAAACACAUAUUUGUGCAUUCUGACUUGCAAGAAUGUCAUUGCCUUUUAGAGAUGAAAGGUAACAAAAGGUAAAGAAUGCGUGUUUUGUCCUUCAGAAAAAAAUUAACUUCAUGUUUCAAUCUCAGUACUGCCUGAUAACCAAACAGAUCAUCUGGAUUAUUUGUUUCAGAACACACGGUCAGUGACCACUUCAUAAGGAAUUCUUACUUUUGCAGACUGUGUUCAGAGAUGGAAUUUAACAAAAUUCUAAAUAUUAUUUUACUAUUUCUCAAUAACACCCAGGUGCUGUAGAGAAUUCCUCUGCUAAUGACUUCCCAGGAGCUAGUAAAAAUAAAGUACUUAAUUUGUAAACCACUUUCUGUUAAUAUAUUGCUUUCCUUAAGCAGAUUUCCACUGACUUUUGUAAAAGUAAAGGUUUUUUCAUUUGAAUAAAAUGCUAGAAUUGUAGGCUUGUAUUGGUAACAUGCUUUCUAAUAACUUCUACACACACUUUGAACAACAUGACUAUGCUAUAUGCAGAGUCACCCACUUGUUUGUCAGUGAAUUCUUCAGCCGUUGCAAAAUAAAUGAAAUCAGUUUAAUAGCUGCCAGCUUUCUAACAGUUUUCUUACACUGCUAAGUGCUUUUCUAAUCCUGUAUUUGUCAUAAUGGAAUGCUGAUUUGCACGCAUCUUGAUUUACAGAAGAAGAGUUUGGUAAACUACUCCUGUUCAUGUACUGCAAAGUAAUAAGCAGCAGUCAAGAAUCUCGGUUGAAUAUUCUUGUCUGUUCCUUCUCUCUCUCUCCAUUCAAGUCUGGCCUUUUGCUAUGUGUUUGGAACACUUCCCUGUUGAAACACUCAUACCUGGAGGCAGAGAUUGCUAUGCUUUAGGUCCUGUUCACAUUCAGGAAGCGUAUUUGGCAGCAGAGAAACACAAUCUGAUUUGCUUCUAAUGCCUUUCACCUUUUCUUAGGUCUUAGACUACCAGCAGGCUGGUAAGAUGGAUGGCAAAGGGCUAAGAAAUAAAGGGAAUAUGUCUGAUAUCAGGAGAAACAGUGAACCAAGGGAAGGAGUGAGAAAGGAAUUCAAAACAUGUAACUUAACAAGCUGAUGCUGGUUUGAGGGAACCAGCAUCUUGACUAUGGAGAAAAAUCUUGUUUAAGUCUGGUAGAGAAAGGAUUAAAAAGACACAAAUGACAGAGGAUAGCACAAAUACCAGUAACUGGGUCAUUGGGAAGUUGACAAAACAAGAAAACAAAGCUAUACCUGAUUAAAAUAGGCUGCAAGUUAAAUUUUCUUAGGGCUUUUGUUGAUCAGAUUCUGAUGUUUAGAGAUAAGUUGCCAAAAUAAUUCCCGAUUAGCAAUGAGAGAUUUGGAUUGGUGUCAUUCUUUCCAUUUUCCUAGUUAAAAUUCCAUGACGAAGAAACCCAUUUCAAUGGCUACUCAAGCUACUACUUGUGUUAAAGUAUGCUAACAUUUUGCAGACUGGCUGAGUUAUGAGUACAAAACCAAUUGCUAGUAUCUUUUUUCCUCUACUAGGUGGAAGGUUUCUGUGUUAUAAAGACAAAUAAAAACUUACUGGAGUCAGUACUAAGCUGUACUUUCCCAAGAAAGCCAUUCAGGUAGCUGAGAGAAUAGUUAAUGGUCAAAGCGAGAACACAGAAGCCCUGUCUGAUUUGAUGGAGCUGCUCAGGUGCUUAAAAUCCAGUGUUCCAAGUUGUUUAGGGGUUUUGUUUUGCUUCUCAUGAUCUGCAAGUUGUCUUUGGCUAGUGGUAUUCUCAGAGUUCUCAUAGUAUGUUCUGUACCAGGUUCUAGAAAUGAGCUUUGGGAAUUACAAUCUUAACAUUCUUAGUGCCAAAGACUGAGUUUUCUGUCAUUCUGUUUGUUUGAUUUUAUUUUUUCUUUUUUACCCCCUACAUAAAACAGAGGUAUAAACAAAGAAAAAACCUACACAAACUUUUAAACAUUUAAGGGUUGGUUGCUCUUGAGUUGUCACCAUCUAAGGCCACCUUACAUAUGCUUUUCAAAGGCAAAUGGAGAUGGAGUAUUUGAGUCACAAUAUAAGCAAGGAUAUGACUGGUCGUAUUACUCGUUUGAGUAAGAGUGUUUUCAGUAUAGUGCUUUAAUUCAGUUACUGCUUUGAGUACCUACAAUUCAGAGCAGAAAAUUGUUUGGUUUAUCAAGUGAUACUGUUACACAGGAUAAAAAAGGAUCUCAGUUUUCCUGCAAAUGCUGCCUGCAAUAAUUAUGAAGGAAAUGGUGGCAGAUAAUGACAUAAAGGCCAUUUUAUUGAGAAUACGUUGCAUCGAGUUUGGUAUAGAUGUCAUACCUUUCACUUUCCUGAGGCUGUGGGUAAACACUUGACCAUAGCAUGAGUCACAGAGGCUAGGACAGAAUGGUUUUAUAGGUUCUUUCUUUACUAACUAUAUUUGUUAACCCAAAACAUGCAGGUUUUCAUCUUAUUCAGCAUCGCUCCUUAUCUUCUUGUAUUAAUGUAACAAAACUUACACAUUAAACCACAUUUUCAGGCUGGUGGUCUCAUGCUUUUACACUUUUGGUUCUCUUCAACUAAGCUUAAAAAGAAGUAAACUGCCUAUUCUCUAGUACAAACAUACAAGGAGAACCAAACUACAGCUGUUCUGCCUUCCAAAGUAUUUUGCCAUUUUCCAUAGAGUAUUUUGUGAGCAUGCAGAACUCCAAUAGCUGUACUUGUUGGAUGAAUACCUUUGACACUACAGACUGUAUCUAGUAAUCCCUCCUGCUUUCACACAACUUCAAAUUUAUCUGUUAAAAAACCCAACACAGCAAAAAAAAAAAAAAAAACCCAAAAAAAACCCCAAAAACCCCACACCCAUGCAGGAAAGUACUAGUUACAACCAGGAGCUCAGAUUCUACUUAAAUAGCUACCAGCUACUUGGUUUGGACCUCAUCUUUAGCAUCUUUGCUAAAUGGUGACCAAGGAAUCUUAGAGCAAUUAAGUCGUGAACACAAGGUAAAAGAAACUCUCUCAUUCCAAGAUUAAGUCUUCUGCUUUACCAGCAAAUGGCAAGAGCUUGUUUAUUAAUCUCUAGGCUAAAAGUUUAGCACCCUCACUAUCUUCCUGCCAAAGUCCUCUUCUAUUAGAAGACACUGAAAUAAUAUUUUUAGUGUUUCUGGACUUGUACAGAGCACAGCCGUCAGACAGAACACUUAGUAAUCUGGUUCUGUUUAGACCUGUGGCUAAAGAAUGGAUCCUGAAUUUAGUACAGAUCACAGCCAAUCUGUCUUCAGCAUGCUUUUGUUAUUGUGGUUUUGCUGCUUUUCCAGGUGUCUUAGAAUAAAUGGCCUGAGUGUGGCAAAAAAAAAAAAAGGCUUUUUUUUUUUUACUCUGCACACAUGGAAAGAGUAGUUUUCUUAUCAGAGCAGGUACAGUCACUUCAGCAGCUAUUCAGUCUUUCUUAGCCAAAAGAGCAUCACCAUUGUGUUUAAAAACAAGCUCACAGCGCACAGAGCGUACAUUAGGGAUGAUGUUUCUUUUGGUGACUGAAGAAAAAGGUUCUGUUUCCCCAAGCUCCAUGUUGCUUAUGUGAGUGGCUUGAGCAGGUCCUUCCUGUGCUGCCCUGUCCCAUACUUAGGGCAAGCUAAUAUGGGAAUUGGCCCUAAACAGCUUCCUAGCCAAUGGAU